CUGCCAGCGCGCAGGCGCCGCCGAGCCCUGCCUGGAUGCUCAGUCAAAGCACUAAGGCCAAAAAAAAAAUAAAAAAUAAAAAAUAAUCAGCAAUUUAUAGAAAGAAGAAGCUAUAGUCUGUCGGGAUGCCCAGCACCAACAGGUAGGAGGCCAGCCUCGCGGUUAAGUUUGUGGGGAGGAGGGCUCACAUUGUCGAUGAAACCGCAGGUUCGCCAGGAAAGCGCUCCCCCUCCCCCCCAGGUGGGUUUUUUUUUUGUUUUGUUUUGUGUUUUUUUUUUUUACAAUAAACUACAUAAUGGAAGUACAUUCGGACAAUGCAUCUUCAGUCGGGCUUAUUCAAAGCUCCAUUUUUGGAAAGCGUUGCAAGACUGAGGACGAUCAGCCUGCGAGCCGCCGGAAACAGUUCCCUUGCAGCACAGAAACAAUCUUCUCGCACCAUCUUCGCAUAUUCUGAUGGCAAAUCAAAUGGAAGAAAAGAGGAAGCAUGACAGCAGAUUGGAUCGAUUCUCUUUGUGGAUUACAUUGUCAGUAAAAUGUAUGGGUCUGUCUUUUCCUUGUUCUGUCUAGAUCAUGAGACUUGACUAAGGCUGUAUCUUUAUCCUCCAUCCAUCUAUGGCGAACUAUAGCCAUGCAGCUGACAACAUUUUGCAAAAUCUCUCCCCUCUAACAGCCUUUCUGAAACUGACUUCCUUGGGUUUCAUAAUAGGAGUCAGUGUGGUGGGCAACCUUCUGAUUUCCAUUUUGCUGGUGAAAGAUAAGACCUUGCAUAGAGCACCUUACUACUUCCUGUUGGACCUUGGCUGUUCUGAUGUCCUCAGAUCUGCAAUUUGCUUUCCAUUUGUAUUCAACUCUGUCAAAAAUGGCUCUACCUGGACGUAUGGGACUCUGACUUGCAAAGUGAUUGCCUUUCUGGGGGUUCUGUCCUGUUUCCACACUGCUUUCAUGCUCUUCUGCAUCAGCGUCACCAGAUACUUAGCUAUCGCCCAUCAUCGCUUUUAUACAAAGAGGCUGACUUUUUGGACGUGCCUGGCUGUGAUCUGCAUGGUGUGGACUCUGUCGGUGGCCAUGGCGUUUCCCCCAGUUUUAGAUGUGGGCACCUACUCAUUCAUUAGGGAGGAAGAUCAAUGCACCUUCCAACACCGCUCCUUCAGGGCCAACGAUUCCUUGGGAUUUAUGCUGCUCCUUGCUCUCAUCCUCCUCGCCACACAGCUUGUCUACCUCAAGCUGAUAUUCUUUGUCCACGAUCGAAGGAAAAUGAAGCCAGUUCAGUUUGUAGCAGCGGUCAGCCAGAACUGGACCUUUCAUGGCCCCGGAGCCAGCGGCCAGGCAGCUGCCAACUGGCUAUCGGGAUUUGGAAGGGGCCCCACACCACCUACCUUGCUGGGCAUCAGGCAGAAUGCAAACCCCACGAGCAGAAGAAGGCUAUUGGUCUUAGAUGAGUUCAAAAUGGAAAAAAGGAUCAGCAGAAUGUUCUACAUCAUGACUUUUCUCUUCCUAACCUUGUGGGGCCCCUACCUGGUAGCCUGCUAUUGGAGAGUUUUUGCAAGAGGGCCUGUAGUACCGGGAGGAUUUCUAACAGCUGCUGUCUGGAUGAGUUUUGCCCAAGCAGGAAUCAAUCCUUUUGUCUGCAUUUUCUCCAACAGGGAGCUGAGACGCUGUUUCAGCACAACCCUUCUUUACUGCAGAAAAUCCAGGUUACCAAGGGAACCUUACUGUGUUAUAUGAAGGAGCAUCUGUAAAUCGUUAGCCUUCAGAAACACUGACCUUCUCUGUUAAGCAACUGUGGCCUGUAGCCAUAUCUUGAGAAGAAAAUCAAGAAUGGGAUUAGUGGUUAUAGGGAUUUGGGGGACUUUCUGCAGUCUUUGCAAUUGUUCACCGAUAAUCCUAUUUUAAAUCUCAGAGUGAUCCUGCUGACUGCCCAUGGAGGUUUGAUACUGAGGAAGGACUAAACCACUGCCCUAAGUUUCUUUAUGUGGUUGAAAACUAGGUAAUGAAAUUAGCAGGUGCUAAGUAUCAGUGCUAAAUGCUGUGUAUAUCACUACUUAUGAAAAAAACAUUUCAAAAAAAAGCUAGCAUUGGACAUCUUAAUAAGUUAAGUUGACUUGAGGUAAAUAUGUUGAUAACUAAUUUUAGAAGUUUGAAGAGUUUAAAACAUUUCAUACUAUUAUUGUUUUGCAAAUACUAAAAUACUUGGGGACUUAAAGUACCAUAAUCCACUAAAGAUAUGCCAUGAAUUAUUGAAUUGUGACAUUUAAAAAAAUCAUCUUGUAAGUUUGGAGGUGCAUUCCAAAGCAGUAUAUUGGUUCCAAUUAGAGUUUACUUUUU